AUGUUGCAAAAUGUGAACCGUGGGAAGUGGAGGCAUGUUCCGUCCCAAGAACAAUUUGAGAUAAUCAGAAGCAAGGCGUUGAGAAAGUGUUUUGAAUGCAAGAAUGGCUAUGGAGAGCCUCGAGAUGUUGAUGUGGAAGGUGAUACCACGAGGUUAUUGUUAGAGGAUCAUCUCCAUGGUUUACCUAAACCUCUACAAGGAUUCAGGAGGAUCGUGCUUCGCAGAGAAAACUGCAAGAGAACCGAUGUUUAUUACGUUACUCCUCAGAGAAAAAAGCUAAGGAGUUGCAAAGUCGAUGGUUUUAUCAAAGACAACGAACUAGAGGUGUUCACGUCAGCUUUUCAGAAAGCUUUGUACAGUUACCAUGUCAGCAAGUUAAACACUUUUUCUUGGGUUUUUGACUUCUUAUUUAUUGAUCGAUGCAAAGAGGAUCGUUGA